GGUCAAUCGACUUGUUUCACUUACGUUAACAGCGCUCUGACCUAGCGAUACGUGAACUACCUUUCUCUUCCUCUUUUGCUACCUCUCUGUCUCUGUUUUGUUCCCGCUUCAUCUUGUCACCUGAUAUAUAUAAUAAAAAGAGGUUUGAAAAAUUAUUUGUCUUGUUCUUACUCGUAUUCAUCAUUUGCCAAUGUUGAGUUACAAAGGAGAUUCACGCAGGACUUCAAAAAAAUCUGAAAUGUUUUGUUGUAUUAAGAAUCAAACAGUCUCAAUUAAUGUAUCAUAUUGAUAUCGAUGAUGAACAUUAAAAUGGAUGAGUAUAUAUACUUACUUCUAGUAAAUUGCACUGUUAUAAGCAUUACAGCAGAAAUAUAUUUGGAAAUAACAAAUAGAAGUAUACCUACUGUACAAAAUUAUGUCUUUAUUAUAUUUUUUUAUUUCAUAGUCUUGAAGAUUUUAACUAUUUUAUUUCAAUGUAUCCACAGUAUGAAUAUUCUGAUUGUGAAAAACAGUGAUAUUAAAUUUAAUGUAAAUAUAUUGUUUUACAUUAAUUUAAUAUGUUUUAUUAUGCUAAUCAUGACUAAAUAUAAUUAUAUUUAUAACUACAUACAAAUAUUUGACGCAUUCACAUGUUUUAUAUGCUGUGGAAUUUCAUAUAUAUUAUUACUAAUCACAAACUCAUAUGAAAAGAGAAAAGAAAAUACUUUUGAUAUUCAGUCAAUGAAGGGUUUGGAUUAUGGAACCUCUAUGGCAUAUAGUUAUUAUUAUGGAUAUUUAAGAAUAAUACUUCCUUCAACAGGAUCUAUUAACAAAGGUUUAAUUGAAAAGAUAGAAAAUAUUGAAGACAAUCAUGGUAUAUAUAUAAGUGUGCACAAACUAUUUAUUUUAAUUCCUUCAUCAUCAUACAUACCAUCUAAUCUUAAAGAAGCUUCAUAUCAUUGGAUGGAAAGUGCAAUGAAUUUAGAGAAGGAAGUGUUGAAUCGAGCAGGAGUUAAAGGGCGAACAUAUCACAACAGUGUAUAUAAAAUUUAUCCCAAUGGUCAAAGAUUAGAGACACCUUUCUACAUAGUGGUAGAAGGUGCAACACCUUUGUUAACUUUCCAUGAAGUUCAAAAACAUGCUCACAAUGAAACAAAUGUUUAUAAGAAAUAUUGCAAAUGUAUCAUACAGAAAUUUUAUGAAAAAUUAAAACAGUUAUUGGAUGCUGAUCCAGAAUGUGCAGAUCUUUGCGAACUAAUUUAUUACAAUGAUUAUGACAAUAAUGGAACAAAAGUCAAUGUGGCAAAAGUUAUUUUAGACAGAAUAUUUAAAAUUCAAAACAUAACUGUAGAAAAUACACACAAUAUAUUUACCUGAAUUUUAACGUACUUUAAUGGCAUAAAAAGUAACACAUUAUUAAGCUAUGUUAAUGUGAUAUAACAACAUAAUAGUUAUACAAAUAUUGGCUAAUCUUUGACAAAUAUAUAGUAUAUAUCUGGUUUAAUUCUUUAAUAAAUGAAAAUGUAAUAUUUUAUAUGAAAUUAUUUUAUAUGAAAGAAACAAAUGU